AUGAUCCCCACAGCACGUUGUCUGGCUGCAAAGCCACCCAGCUUCUUCAAGAAAAGCACCGAAGAAUUCAGUCGAUUGACACGCAUUGCAUGGAACGCCGAAGCCCUCUCCACACCUACUAAACCUUACAAACUCCUCGACUUCGAAAAUGAAGAUACCGUCGCAUCCUGCAAAACUAUGGCUGACCGCGCCGUUGGCGGGUUCAGCAAAGCAGAUCUAGAUUUCGUCCCCGCAACUGCACACGAGCCCGCACAUGCACGAUUCCAUGGCAGCAUAUCGACCAAACUACCUGAUAACUGGCGUGUUGAGCGAACUGGAUACGCCGCGUUCCGAAACAGAGAUAGAGGAUACUGGCUGUUUGGACGUUUAUUCUGGGACGUUGAUCCUUACAAUUACCUGGCAUUACGCGUGAAGAGUGAUGGGAGGAGGUAUACAGUCAAUAUCCAGUCGGAAACGAUUGUGGACACGGAUAUUCAUCAGCAUAGACUUUAUACGAGACAUCAUCGUGUAUAUGAGUCCCCGUCAGACGCGUUUUCGAAUCCGCCGGAAGCUGCAGCGGAGGCAUUAGAGGAUAGUGAUGCUAACGACACACCAUACCCUGGUGGUAUCCCACCGUCCUUAUCAGAUAUCCCACCUGCAGAGACGAUUAUUAGUGCAACAACAUCUGGUACAUCAGGAUGGGAGACUGUCCUUUUGCCGUUUGCAUCAUUCGUUCGCACAAACCACGGCUUGAUCGUGGAACCCCAGCAUUCGUUGAUCAAAAACAGAAUAAAGUCUAUUGGAAUUGGUCUUACGGAUCGAAUUGAGGGACCCUAUGAUUUGCGAAUUCACCGUAUUUGGGCCACCAAUGGUCUUAGCGAAGAAGAGCUCGAGGAGGAGAGAAGGAUAUGUGGCGAAAAUGCCUUGCUUGUUGAUGAGGGUGUGAGAACUUUGUGGGGAUCGAAGAAGGAGGCGUUCCCAUCCGCGGGGUCAGAGCUGGAGGCUCAGGAGCAGGAGAAGCAUAGAGAGAUGGAGGGAAAGAAGGUCUCUGGAACCAAAGGAUUGAAAGGGUUGAAGGAGGAAUGGAGUUGA